UUUGUUUUGGUUUAUGCGUUACUUAAAAGUUUGUUGUUCCCUAUUAUCGCUGUCCAUGUCUGCUGCAUCGAAGAGUUCAAAUCAGGAUUAUUCCAAUAAUAAUUGGGGCACAAUCUCUUACUUUAUUGUAUAGUAUUGUUGGUGUAUUCAAACUUCAAUUCUUACUAAGUUUUGGAAUAUCCUCCCGUCAAAAACUUUACUGUUUGGUUGUUUUAUCGGUAUUUGCUCCCCUAAAGUAGACCAAAAAGCCCCAUGGCGCUCAUCAAUAAAAUUCAACCGAGUCAUGCUGUUCCACCUACUAGACGCUCAGAAAAGCUAAAAAGAGUUGGGUCUCUUGUGGAAUUAUUUGAUUUCUUCGUGUUGAAUGAAGGGACGGUUAUUGAUACUGUGUCCGUUAACACCUUCUUAUAUACUUAUCGCAUAUUUGCUGAUAUGGAAUUAGUCUUGGAAGUUGUAAAUAAAAAAUUUUGGGAUACAUGCCAUUCAAAACUAAUACCUACCUCUUGGAAAGUUGGGAUUAUUUCGUCUUUUCAGUAUUUUCUUGGUGCAUGGUUGCAGCAGCCUCAUGUAAAAGAUUUUGAUUCCCCACAGAAAAUUAUCCAUCUUAAAUGGCUAAUACGGAUUCUUGCCGGUUGGUUUGAUGUUUUUCAACCCUCUUAUAAUCACGACAGUCACAAUUAUGUUCUAAAAGAGUUGAUGAGGUGCUGUGGAAAUAAUGUGUCUUCUAAAAAUCAAGAUACGACGCGAAGCGUUUUGUGCAACAUUGAUUCAGAAGUUUGGGAUCGAAUUACUGCAGAUAUGGAGUAUUUAUGCCGACAAGCUGUAAAUUGUCUCAAAAUCAUAGCCUGUAAAUAUCAAAUAGACUUAACUCGGGAAAAACAAUUGCCGUCAGUGCGUAUAAUCACCAUAAAUCGAGUCAGUUGUCAUCAUUCACUACACAACUCUGCAAUCCAUAAAUCAGAAAAGCAUUUAAAAGAAAUAAUUACCAUUACACCUUCUAUUAACCCCUUAAUUAAUCUAUGGAAUUUAAAUUUAGAUACAGUUGCUGAACAACUGACUGUUGCCGAUCAGAGAUUAUUUCUCGACAUGGAGUUAAAUGAUUGCCUGAUAUAUGCUAGAGGCAAACCUGCUCCAUCCGUGCAAGCUACAAUCGACCAAUAUAAUAAAUUAUAUCAUCUUGUCCAAAGUUCAAUGUUUAACUCAGAUCAGGAUUUUCCAAUACUAGUAGAACCUACACCGAUCUAUUCAAGACGUUUUAAUAAACGGGGUAAUUAUAAUAGUCCAACGACAAGAGUUAGUCCACAGAUAAUAACGAUAUGGUCUAAAAAUUCACCUAAUCAUAAUUCUUUGGCAUCGGAUGUGGGAAAAUUAAAAACUGGAUGCAUAAUUACGUGGAUUGAUAUUGCUUAUCGAUUAGGACAAACAAGGAAUUAUUCAGCAUUAAAAGCCAUAAUUAUGGCUUUGCAGUCCACUCCAGUACUCCGAUUAUGGCAUAGUUGGAAUGUUUUGGAAUAUCAUUAUCAUGAACAUUUUAUGAAGUUUAAAUAUUUGGCUUCUGUAGUAAGCUUUGAUAAUAAUCAAGAACAAUUGAGAAAACGGUUAGAUAAGUGUGCGAACAAAAUGUAUUGGUACUUAAAACUCAACAAUCUAAAUCCAUUAUGUGUAAGUUUUGUAGAAUCAUUUUUUGAUAAUCUCCUCACAGUUAAUAUGUUAGAGGCAGAACACUAAUUCAACAAACGUAAUUGGUACCAAACAUAUACAGGUUUACGACGCUUAAAGUGUUGUUAACGAAUUUUCGAAUAAAAAAAAUACUAGUAUUUUGUAAAAGAUAUUGAACUGACCGUAAGAAGAUAAACGUUGCUGUGUUAGCCUUUUGUAUUUUUCGUAUGUAAAUAAUCUUGGGAAACAAAAUGCAAAGUUGCACAUUAACAAUAAGAAUUUACAUUUCCGAACUCAAGAAUAUGAUUUUUCUGGAAUAUUUUCAACAGUCGUUUAUUGCGUAACUAUAUUGUAUGCCAUCAGAUGCAUUCGCUCAAGAUUAUAAUAUUUUGAGUAAUUAUUUGCUAGUUUUAAACAGCCAGAAGUGCGUUAUGUGAGUGGUUUGUACUAUACAUCAGUAUUGAAGUAAAUGAUGAUAUAUUUACAUUUUAACUGAAGAAAUAUCUUAAAGUUCCCCCAUGAAUAGUUUGAUAUAUAUAUAAUAUACAAAUUAUUCAAAUCAAACUUUAGCAUUUAAAGGUCAGGAUUUAGAUGUAUGGUUCAUGCGUUUCAUUUAUUUACGUUCUAUUUACUUACAUGUUAUUCAUAAAGGUUUGCCUGAAUACAUUCUUGGUGAUGACUUUUUAAAGGUAGUAAUAAAGUCCAUUUUUCUGAAUACCUUCAAUGAAUUGUUACGUCCAUAGGCAGAAUUAGUCCUGGUGUAAUGAAAACUAACGUGGCAUAUUACCAAAUUGAACUACAUUUGAUAAUUUCAUAAGAUGUGUUCAACUAUAAAAGGUGAAGUGUACAAUAUUGACGAUUGUUGUAAUGCAGACAAAAUAUUGAUGCUGGCUUUGCGUAGACAGAUUUUUAUGAGAAACAGUUUUAUUAUCAUAGUACAUAAAUUUAGUUUGUAAAGUUUAAGCUUCCAGUAUAUGAGAUUAUUAUAUCAAUCAUGACAAUUUAUAAGAUUGCAUAGCUACACAUAUUAGGUAUAAAGUACAAAUUGAUAUUAAGAAGACAGGUGUUUUAAUGUUUUCAUAUACCCUUAUAAAUAUUCAUGUAUAUUAGAGUAAAGCCUGACAACAAUCAAUUUGAAAACAAUAUUGUUCACUUAUAUGUAUCGUUUAUAAAAUCAUAUGCAACCAAAUGGUACAUAUAUGAUUAGAAAUCAACACUACUCUUGGGGAUACUAGAUCCCCAAAAAUCACUUGACAAACGUCUCAUUUUUGUAAUUUUAUUUUGAAGUCUUGAAUUCCUCUUUUUCACUCCAAAAGCGCCCACUUUUACCUUCAGUUUGUAUUUUCCGCUUAGGAGGACCUAAAAUGUUAGUGGUUCAUUUCCUCUCUUAGUACUCUAUUUUGUGACGUUUUCCAAUGAAAUUUUUGUACUAUAUAUAUAUACGCAUGUGUUGUGUGCUUGUUCGUUCGUGCUUCCGGGCUACCUGUAGAAUAUACAUUUUCCUCGGCUGAAUUUGGUCUUCUCCCUCUAGUUAGCAGGGCUGGGAUGCAAUGAAAUAGUUUAACUUGUCCUGUUGUUGUGCUACUAACCUUCGUUUCGUUCGCCUGUUUUAAGUGAUAUCUCAAUCUCUUCAAACGUAGCAACUACCACAUUCAGUUUAAAGUGAAUUUUUAUUUGAAUCUUCUUACAGUCCUAUCCGAAAGUCACUCUGUAUAUGACCUUCCAAAAACAAUGAAUACAACAGAUAUAUUUGUUUGUUGAUAAAUAAAAAUAAACAUCUAUUAAUACAUUUUUUCUGUUUUGUCAAACAAACAUGUGAUAAUAAUCACUUCAGUCAAUAGUUUUUAGUAAAGCCAUCAUUAUUUAUUUCAGUAUGUUUUUCCUCUAUGUUUAUGUUUCUUGAAAUUUCAAAUGUACUUUUAAGCCAUCUGUUUGUGUUUCCCUUUUUAAUCGGUAUUGUUUUUUUUUUUCAUUUAUUUAAAAGCUAUUGUUAGGCAGAGUUGAAUGAUUGUAUUGUAAUAGGACUUUCCAUGAUAUUCAAUUGGUUGUUUGGUCUAAAUAUGGUAAAAUUGUAAUCAUUAGGAUAUAACCUGUGUUUUUCUACAUAUGUUCAAUAAAAAUUACUGCUUUGAAUCCUUAUUGUUCACAGUUAAUGCUUAGAGCCCACUGACACAAAGCCCUGGAUCUAUGUUCUCUGCAGGGUUUGUACUCUUCAAAAUUGAAGAGACUAAUGUGCUCGGGAAAAUUUGAAACACAAUACAUGGUGGGUUAGUUAAAGAUGUUACAAUUAAGUUAUUCGUUUUCUGACCGAAUUUCUAACCAUGUUAUCACCACCGACUAGUAUCUGAUGUCAUAUUGUUUCUAGUCUUUAAUAGCAAUAGGAUUUAUCGACAAGUUUGCAGUGUUUCCGCUGAAAUAAGUAAUCUGACUUCGUAGUACACCGUGUUGGCUAUCAGAAGUUUCGUGAUGUUCUGGUAUUAUGAAUAGAUUAUUUGAGUACAGGUAAGUUUACAUAAAAAAUACCAGUAAAAAUUUGACGAAUAGAUUAAAAUUGACCAGUAUCUUAUAUAUAUCAACCACUAAGAGAUUCUGAACAGAUCCAUGAUUUAUUCAUUUACUGAACUCCAUAAUUUGUUGACUUAUUGUCCUUUUCGAUUCUCCCAAACUAUCAUAUCUUUUAUAUUGCGUCUUAUCUUUUCUUUUGGUUUAUUUAAUAUGAUCUACUUUUGAUACGCACCUACCGACUUUCUCGUUUAAAUUACAUAAUGAAAUGGUUUCAGUCAAUAUAAUUUUCAAGUAUUUCAUAAAUUUCUAACAAACCACUAACAAUAAGCUUGUUAAUGUAUAAAAUUAACGAACUCAUUUCCUUUUCUUACUUUUUAUCAACUUCAGCAGAAAUCCUUAAGUUACAAUAGACUCAAAUUGGUCACUAUUUACUAGUUAAUCAAUUGUAAAUAUCUUAGUUCUACAGAUCAGUUGCAGCCAGUAUACCUUAAUAGUAGCGUUUCGGAUCGUGAAGCUAGGUGGUGCAGAUUUGAAUCCAUCAGGGAGAAACAGUUCCUUAAAGAAUACAGCUAUACCUUACGAACGCCAACUAACAAAAAACCUAAGUCUAGGGUUUCUUGCCGGCCACCUUUAAACACCUGACAUUUAACACACGCGAUGUCGAGUCAAUUAAACUACUGGUUAUAUUGGGACUUGAUUGAUAUAAUUUGAUUAGCACUAAAGGACUAAAUAAGCAUGACCUUGGUCUCUAUUCAUCAGUUGAUCAGUUACAAAUGAGCUCCUUUUAAAUUAUUCUACGUAAAAGAGCACAACGUUCCAAUAAAAUUACACCAAUACAAUCAAAGUUGGUCGGCGAUUCAUACAAUAUAAUUAAUGAUUCUGGAAAAAGUGGAAAAUAAAGUGUUCAGACAGAAAUUAAAAUUAGAUAAUCAUACUCAAAAUUUAACUCAGUAAGGAAAAAUGAGCUGAGUAACAGUUGUUUCGAGGUUGCAAACACUACUCGCUUGCUAUCUAACAUCCAAAAAAGUACACAAUGAUUUCGAGCCAUUUAGUUUAUUGCUCAUACAGAAAAUUUGAUUAAUUGGAUUCACUCAGAACUAGGGAGUAAGCAGUAAAACAUCGGUUAGUAUCCAAUCGUAAUGCCAAAAUGACAGAUCAUUCAUAACCUAUAAAACUCACAAAUGACGUCCUUAAUUGUUUCAUUGGAUGACGCAGGUCUAAAUCUCUUUGGCAGUAUUAUUUCCUCUAGGAUUGAGGGCAUAGUCUAUUGACGUUUCCUAAUCAGUACAGAAUGGAUGUAUCUGUUACCAAACCGAAGUAAACGUAGUAUUUACUGCAUAUCUUCUACUUUAAAGUCUUGGUAUGCUUCUAUUUUAUAUCUUGUUUCUAUCAUAUGCUUUUAUUACUAUCUCUAAUGUAUUAAUUACGACUAUUUAAUUUAAGUAUUUUAGAUUCGUUAUACUUUGCUCAUUUUUUGCUUCUGCUUUUUAGGGAGACAUAAGCAGACCUGGUGAUAUCUCACAAUUUGAAGAUUCUGAUGCAGAAUAUAGCAGGAGGACUAUGCAUUCAACUUUACCAAAUCAGUCAUCUUAUUUAAGUGGUGUCAUACCGUAUCUCGGUGUAUUUCUUAGUGAUUUAACUUUAUUGCAUCAUUCGUCACCGGAUUAUAUCAGUCGAUCAAAAUAUUCCCCAUCAAAUGAGACUAAACAAGAAAUUAAUACAAAUAAUCAGGAAAGUGCCCUCGCUUCUACUACUACUACUGAUGAUAAUAAUAGCAAUAAUAAUAUUAAUUCAUCAGUAAUCAAUCCAAUAAAUAAUACUAAUGAUUUUUCAAAACAAUCAGUUAAAAAUCAGUAUGGUAAAAUAAAGCUGUUGCAUAUAUCAGAUCAACUUGGGAAUUUCACGCGAAGUACACCUGAUUUAUCAGCAGUAAUAGCAUCGUCAUCAACCGUACAAUCAGAUAAUAACAGUACGAAACAAUCCUGGAAAUUAUUAAAAAAUGUAUCAUCAAAUACAAAUGUCCCACCUAUUAAACCAUCAGUUUCUGCUGAUCGUAAUGAUAAUAUCCAAUUAAAUGGGCGUGUCAAGAAGGAAAAGUUUGGCCUUUCUAGACGUCAUUCUACAACUGAUAGUGCUGAUGACAAAUUAAUCAAUCUGGAUAAACAUCGUCGAGAGUUUAGAAUUCUAGCAAAUAUUUUUCUUCUUCAACAAAAUGCCCAAUUUUAUUCACUUAGACCUGAACCAGAUUUUAUUACAUGGUUUCAUUCUUAUCCAUUAAUCUCAGAAAAUGAAGCUCUCAAUCGUUCUUGUGAUCUAGAACCAGUUGAUGAACAAGUACAACAGCAUAUAAAUAGACCUUUCAGCGCAUCUCCAUAUACAUUUGAUACAAGUGAUUCAAGUGGUGCAGUCGAUAUAAUAAAUAGUAAUAAAUCACGACACCCACGUAAUAAUACAAAUAUCCAUGUAGAAAGAUCUAAAUAUGCUAUAACCCGUCCACCUAGUGCUACAGCUAUUGGUGCCACUACUACUACAUCACUCAUGAGGAAUCCUAACACUAACAUUAGUAUUAUUAAUAGUAUUAGUCCAAGUCGAAAUAAUAAAUCACGAAUUAAUGGAACAUAUUCAUCAAGUGAUUUACUUAAUGAUAUCAAAUACAACAGGUCAACAACUACUGACGAACUAAUCACAGGAAAUAGUUUGGACAUUUUAUAUCAGCAAAAUAACCACAAACAUAAUAUGAAAACAUCAACUUCUAGAUGGAACACACACAAAAGUUCAUCGACUACAUUCGAUGCACGUAAUGAUAGCAAUAGUAACAACAGUAAUUUAUCCAUUACUGUUUCUUUGCAUCAUACAAAUAGUCAGCAUGAUGGUCGUGUAUCACCAUUUAUUGCUAAAGUUGCUCAAUUAGGUAGCCUGUCUCAUGGAUCGCAUGGCCAUAACGAUAAUCGUUUUUCUAAUUCGAAACAAACGCAACCCACAAUUCAAUUGUCGGUUUCUCCUGUGGAUAGUGUUUCUGAUGUGCUAUCGAAAGCCCUAAAAUUAUUUGGUUGUGCCGAUCAAAAGGUUGAUAAUUAUGAUCUAACUCAUGUCCGUAAAGAUGCUCGAGAUGUAACUCUACCAAAAAAUUCCAACUUUUAUGAAUCGAUAAAUUAUUCUUCCUUUCAUUUAUCAAAUAAUAAACAUUAUGAAUUAUUAGAAUUUAUUUGUACACCAACUAUUCAUAAUGAGAAUAAUAAUGACAACAAUAGUAGUAACUAUAGUAAUAGUUUAAACAGUUCACCAUCAUCAUCAUCAGCAGCAUAUAUAAAAACUAACAAUAACACAAAUUAUCAUGGUAAAAAUCACAAUCCACAGACUAACAGGACUACAAUUGAAUAUGCUAAACACUAUAAAUUAACAAGUAAAAGCUCUAAUAAACAUUGUACUGUUGAAUUAUGGUCAUGAACAUUUAUUAACAAUUGUUUAUUUCUAAAAAAAAGUUGAUUGUUUUUCAUCAGUUUAUUGUUAUUUUUCAUUAUCAAAUGUGCUCAAAUGCAUAUUGCCAUUGUGAAUAAUUUUGUCACGUUUUUUUGUCACUGCGCCAUUUAUUUUUGUCAUUAAUUGAUCCUAUCAAUCAAUAACUAAAUAAAUCCUCCCCUCCCCGAAGAAAAAUUUGUUCAAUAUUUCGCCAUUUGUCUUUCAUGAUCGCGCAUUUUUUAAAUAAUUGUUGUUUUUUUCUAUUCUCAUCACCUUUCCUAACCCCGUUCCUCUUUACACUCACUUUGAAUUUUCUUCCAAAUGUGUAGUUCAUUGUUCUGGUUAAAUCCCUUAUGGAGUUGUAAGCUAUGUCGAAACACAUAUCUAGCAGUGCAUCUUUUAUGUUAAUGUGAUUAUUAAAUGUCGUGAUUCCACAUUUCCUUUGUUUAUUCAUUAUAACCUAUAUGCUUACCAUUAAGGAGAUAAUAACAUAUCUUACUUAUUUGUUCACUGUUCAAUAGUAAAGAAUCGCUGUUUGUUUUACUUUCAUUUAUUUUUAUUGAUAUUGGAUUAAGAACAUAAUCAAUUGUAUAUUUAUAAACUAUUGUGUAUUUUGAAUAUCAUAUUGUCAAAAUACAUAAAUAUAUUUCCUGUACAACUUUUAUGAGGAAAAAUUCUUAAUUUAGAAAUUUCGAUGAACUUUUUCUUAUUAAUUGAUAUUUCAAGUUAGAUAGGAGAUAGUCUAGAGUUCAAUCAAAACAAGCCAUAUUCUUACUGAUAUACUAAGUCUUUGGUACAAUUAUUUUAAAUACGAUCUCAUUCAAAUCUGAAGCUUAGCACACUAUAGAUAACCUUAUUAUUACAUUGACGGGGAUGAUUAUUAAGUUAAUUAACAAAACAUUGAAGGUGUAAAAAGAACCGCAAAUCUAUCAAAUACCAAAAGUGUUAAUUAUACUAAUGUUGGCAGCUUAUUUCACAACAUUAUCCCUGAACAGUGAUAAAGUUUUCAACUGAUUUAUGAUUCUAUCAGUUGACUACUGUGGGGCAGCGUACUAGGUACAUGGUCCUUUCCUGAAAUUAUUAGCUGUCAUAAACAUACCAGGUCCGUAGCAAAUUGAUGAAAAUGAGACUCAGCACUAUGUAUACAAAUAGAUCCCUUUAAGAAAUGUUUUAUAUCUCAAAAGUUAGUCACGGUGAAUAAAUGUUUGUUAUUAGCCAAAUAGUCGGACUGAAAUAUUGACCAUUAUUUUACAUUAAUAAACACGAUACAGCCAUUAGUAAAGAAAUAUGUACGAUUUUUAUAUUUAUAUGAAUCAAAUCAACUUUUCAGUUAUGAUUUUUGUGAUCGUGUUAACAUUUUUUCGACACCUGAGGACUCUGAAAUAGCAAUAAAUGCAUAUGUAUUUGACUUACACUAUUUACCUUAUAAUGUAUCACACAUAAAGCAUAAAACUGUACACUACUGGCGCAUCACAUCCCGAUAAUAGAUCUCUGUAUUACAAACGUUUGAGUGAAACUCCGUUUCUAAAAAUGCAGUAAACAUCAUAAACUUCAGGAGUAUUGGUUAUUACUAAUUUAAUUACUUACAUUCAUUCUAACCUGGAAUCCGUGUCUUAAACGGCUACUGGCCUAGACAUGAACCUUCAACAAUAAUCACCUAAUACACUGAAAUUACUGACUCCCCCCCUGGGAAUCCAAUGCAAAGGAGGGUGCACAGUUUUAAAAAGAACGAAGAAAAUGAC